AGUCCCUUUCUUACGGAAAAUAUUCUCGACGAUACCAAGGCGCGCCAACUAGCGGAGAUGAUCGCCCUGACGCCGGACUUUCGUCUUGCCGUAGAGGUGCUUCAGUUGGCUCACGUCCUCGGCUGCCCCCUGAAGCAAAACGCAUACGAAUGCACCGCUCAUCACCUUUCCACCAAGCUUCGAUGGGCAGCAGUUCUGUCAGUCGUUUCUCUAGGGAUACGUCAUACCAGGACUACAACUGUCCGACUAUUGAAUUGGCGCAUUCGUGCACUAGUGGAGACUUACCAACAUGCUUCCCUUCGAAGCAUUUUGGAAGAAUUCGAAAGAUUUCGGGUGAAACCAACUCGACGUACCUUUCACCUUCUUAUCUCAGGCCACAUCCGAAAUCGAGACCUACUCGGAGCUCGAAAAUUGCUUCGUCUCAUGGAUCAAAUUGGCUUUCCUCCGGACAAUUCCACGCACGCUGUCAUUGCAGCCAACUAUCGAAAUUUGGGACCCAAUGCACAAGUACAAGAUCAGGCACUUCAGUCUCUGAUGUUUCUGGAGGAAAAUACAGCUGUAACGGUUUUAAAUCGACUGAUACAGCUGCGCCUCGAUGCUCAAGAUCCUGCAGCUACCCUUCGAAUGUUAACUGUUUUCGAUCCCAAACAGGUCAGUCCUAUUAUCAAAGUUGUAUCCGACGCCGUUUCCACCCCGGGCGGCGGAAAUCCUUCCGCAGAACCACUGGAGGAGAUUUAUCGAGAAUAUUACCUCUCUGCCAACGCAGAUACCUUCGCUACCUUUCUACACUACAUGGCUUUACGACAGGAUUUUCCUGGCGCUCUCCUUAUCCUAGAGGGCUUGGUUCGAGCAAAUAUACCUCCCACGCCAGAUAUCUUCACGGCUCUUAUCCACGUCUAUUUUUCGACGGGGCAUAGCAGUGCUGCCUUUCGCACUGUACUUGAUAUAUGCCAUGUACGCCCCAGUGAGGCCUUUACAUCACUGUUGCGCCAGGGUCUUUAUGACCCUGUUGCUUAUUUGCCAUUUGUGCCUACCAACAUCAUCCCCACCCCACGUAUGUUCAAUGCCUUGCUAAAAGGUAGUAUUUCUACUCAUGGUUUUGCCUGUGUCCGAGACAUUUUUACAAUCAUGCAGGCUAACAACAUCCGCCCUAAUGAGUCCACUGUUGAAGUGCUGAUAGCCUCUGCUGGGAAAUCUCAAAACUUGCGUCCGAGGACAUUACUUCGGUUGCUAAAUAUCCCAGACUUAGAACCGACACUCAGGCAUAUUCACGUCCUUCUCAGCUGUAUCAUUCGCCAUGAGAGAUAUCAGACGUUUGGAGUCGGUUGGAAUGUCACCGCGGCCUUGUUCUCACGUACCCGUCAAGCCAAACGCCGAAUACGAUCGGAAGGGUUUUCUUCCAAGAACCCGACCGAGUCCUUUGAUCCUAUCGCUGGAAUUCACCUUCAGGCCAUAGAUCAUCGUGCUGCUCAACCUUUUCUGCAUCGACUCAACGCUCGAAAGACCAACGUUGAUGCAGUGCUCGCUGGUCUACGCCUGAAGCGUGAAGCGGCAAUAAAUGUGGACAUGGAUGCCGCGCAAGACGUGUUUGACCUUCUUCUUUCUCGUGGGAUCCAACCGAAUGAAUAUCAUUUCAGUGCUCUCAUGGAGGGAUAUACCCGCAAAGGCGACCUUCCGGCAGCUCUAGAUGUUCUCAAGGCUGCGACGCGAGUGGGGAUAAAGCCCAACUGCGUAAUGUACACUAUCUUAAUUGUUGGCUAUGCUCGCCAAGGUCAGCCCGAACAAGCAGUAACAACGUUCAAACAGAUGAUAGAGGCCGAUAUUCGACCAGAUGUCGCAUCGAUCGAUGCAGUGGUCGGAGCAUUUUUCGCGGUAGGAGCAUAUUCGAUGGCUCGAAGGUCAUUAAGAACGCUUUGGUCCUAUGUGCAACCUUUCCCGAACGAGUUGGAAUCUGCAUCCCUAAAGGAACUAGCCACACAAUUUAGACUUUUACACAAGAAUGACCAAGGCGUAACCAAUUCAGAGUUUACCCAAUCGCACUGG